GGGGAGCUGCGUUCGCGCUUACUGCAAGCAUGGCUGGCGACAGUGAAACACGGCUCAACGGGCAGGCGGACGACACCGACACCGUCAAACAGCCUUUUCUGAUCGGUGUUUCGGGCGGCACCGCCAGCGGAAAGUCUUCAGUAUGUGAGAAGAUUAUGGAGCUCUUGGGCCAGAAUAAGAUUGACCAUCACCAGCGGCAGGUGGCCAUCCUCAGCCAGGACAGUUUCUACAGAGAGCUCACUCCAGAGCAGAAGGCUAAAGCUCUUAAGGGCCAGUUCAACUUCGAUCACCCAGAUGCUUUUGACAAUGAGCUCAUUAUGAAGACUCUUCAUGACAUCAUGGAGGGGAAGACGGUCCAUAUUCCAGUCUAUGAUUUUGUAACCCAUUCCAGAAAAGACGAGUACGUGACGCUGUACCCAGCAGACGUGGUUCUGUUUGAGGGCAUCCUCAUGUUCUACAUGCAGGAGAUCCGGGACCUUUUUCAAAUGAAACUGUUCGUGGACACGGACCCAGACACGCGUCUGUCCCGCAGAGUUCUGCGGGACAUCAGUGAGAGAGGCAGGGAGCUGGAGCAGGUUUUGUCUCAGUACAUCACUUUUGUCAAGCCGGCGUUUGAAGAAUUCUGUCUCCCGACAAAGAAAUACGCUGACGUCAUCAUCCCACGAGGAGCAGACAACCUUGUGGCAAUAAACCUCAUCGUGCAGCACAUUCAGGACAUCCUGAACGGGGGGUUCAGUAAACGACAGAGCGGCUACAUGAACGGCCACGGGACGCCCCGACAGAGAAAGCCGUCCGAGUCCAGCAGACCCCACUGACCUCCAUGUGGCCCUUUCCUUCUGCGUAGGACGGGGCUGGACUGUGUAAUAAAAUUCAGCGACCCUUUAUUGAAUGGAAGAGCGGGGAUGCUAGAGUUGAAAGGCCUUUGUGGUUGAUAUGACUUGCGUUUUAAGUAUGUUGUCAUUUGUUACUGUGGUGGUUAUGUUUGCUUUUACCAAUUUUUUUUUUUUUUUUAAAUUUUUUCCCAGAUUAAGCUUGAAAGUGCUUUCUGUUUUCAAGAAAGUUAAGUGACAUGCACGACUGUUGUGGUCAUUGUCCUUAUCUGCUUUGAUAAGUGUUAGAAAAUAAAUGAAUGGUGUGGUACGCGCUACCAGUGCUUGCUGAGGUGGGCUGCUCGAGCAGCCCUAUAAACUUGAAUUUAACUCAG